AGUGUUGGGCCAGUGGGUGAUUUGACUAAACCCGUUUCCGCCUUUCAUUCAAAUACGAAAGCGAGAAGUUGAGCUGGACAGAAGUCAAAACCAACUUUGGCAGUUACAGUUGAACCCGAAGGGUCGUUUUAUCCGAGGCACCGACUCAUAAUGGUGAAGCGUGGGGCAAGAAAAGGCUGCAAAUAGCGAUGAUUAUGAGCGAGUGUGGAAAGGGUGUGAUGAUCUGAAGAUUAGGGAGCAGCAGCAUCCCUCUGUCCAGUCUGUUAAUCCAUAACUGAUGCGUCUCGUCCCUGGUUACUGCUGAAGGCUCAAGCUUCAUCUCGUUGCAGCUUUGUUGUUCCUGUGUUGUCAGUUUGUCAGCGCGUCAGCACAUGAGACAUGAAUCCCUACGGAAAUGAAUAUCUUGACUCUCAUUUGAGUGGUGCCGCAGCAUCUCGCUCUCAAAGUUCACCCCACGAAUUGGCUUUAGCUCCAUCGUGCGAUCAGUCUUCUCCAGUCAUCCACCCAGAUAAUAGUUCUGCUACAGUUUCAGGCCACAACAUUCCUCCACACGAGGCCUCAUCAGACCAAGAAGGUCCCCAAACCCUGGUCCGAUCGCCAAGUUCUACAUUCUCGCUUCCAGCUUCAAAUCCAGACUUCAGUGUUGGAGCCAGGUCUCAGUCUGAUCUAGCUUCAGUCUCUACCCCAGAACCUGGUUUCACAGCAAAUCCCUACUCUGCGUUUGGCACCCCGUCUUCAUAUCAGAUCUCUGUGAUCAUCCCCUCCACAGACCUCCAUCCCAUUCCCCUCCCAACUCAGUGCUCUGAGGAAAACUGUCCAGACUUGGAGUGUGCCAUCUGCUUCAGUCAAUUCAACAAUGUCUUCCGCUGCCCCAAGAUGCUGCAGUGCAAGCAUACGUUCUGUCUGGAGUGCCUGGCUCGCAUGAACGUCAAGUCGGUCGAGCCCAACGCCAUUCAGUGUCCGCUGUGCCGCAGCUUUACACCCUUGCCUUCCCUCGGCCUGCCAAAACUGGCCACAGACUCAGAUGUUUUGUCUUACCUUCCAGCUGCUAUGCAGAGAGUCUACAGCAUCCGUUUCCUCCGCAGC